AUGGUGCUUCACAGCUUGGUCGUACCCACUUCGCCCCUCCCUCACCAAGCCGAGCCUCCUCCCCUCACUCGGUCCCCGUCCUCCCUCCUCGGCCUGACCGAGUCGCAGAAGCGCCGUCGCAAGAACAUGUCACGGGCGUCAUCGAAUGAACCUACUGUCGCGGGAGGUCUUUCGAAUUGGCGCAGACAGCCGAAGGCAGGUGGCAUUGGAACUGGGACUGGGACGACGGGGAGUGGAGGGACGAGCGAGAAGAAGAAGCGGAAGGGGGCGCUGGGUAUGGGUAUGCAGGGCACGCCGGCGAAGAGGGGGAAGAGAAGCCAUAGCAAGAGUAUGGGCGUCCACUCGACGCCAGCAGUCAAAAUCCGUUCUCGAUCGCAGUCUCAAUCCCGCCCUCAUGGUGUCCAGGGCAAAGACGUCUCUGCCGAAUCGUCGCUCUCCUCUCUCGGCUCCCUUCCGAGCUCGGCGGACAUGCUUACACUCUCGCCUCAAUCGCUGAUCCCAGAUCUCUCUUCGCCCAGUCUACCUGCCAUAACCCGCACCGCUCGUAAGGAAGACGUCUUCGAUAGCACCUACGUUCUCAGUCCGAAGGAGCGCACAAGCGAGGAGCUGGAGGACAUGGAUCGCCUCAUCCAAGACGCUGAAGCCGGCAAGGCGGGUCAAGAGUUUCCAGAAGAGGAGGAGGUAAUGGAGGAUGAGAUGGGAGCGCUCUACGGGUGGAAGGAGGAUGUGCUGUGGUCAGUGCAAGGGUCAGUGGAGUCGGCUACAGGGUCGGCUCCAUUACAACCGGGCACGUCGGAACGGAACGAAUCUGUCGACGACCCGACUAUCCGGAACGGGACGAUCUACCACGAUAUCCUCAUGUCGAUGAACGACAACUCGCAGCCAUCCACUUCACCGUCGUCCCGGACAAAAGCACGUUCGAGCACUAUCCGGAACCGACAGCCCACUCCUCGCAAGCCUAGCUCAAGCGGGACUGAACCUCGCACCGCUCGGCGAACUUCGGCUCUAACCGCUAUCAUCGCUUCGGACUCGCCGGAUGAGGCGACGUUCUACACUGCCAGGACGAGCCGAGCUCCAGUUGACCAAUCAGCAAGGUGCGAGAGCAUCUCGGACGAAGGGGAACAGGCAGAAGACCUCGUGCGUCCGGCAUCCGCACGGAAGCAGCGUCAUGCGAUCUCCGGGGCGGAUCUCUUCCGCCUGCAGCACUUGGCGACGGCGGGCGAUACGCAGCACACCAUGGCCUCACGGCAACCUCGUUCCGUCCCGGACGAGCGCCAGCGGGAUCAGCCGCUCGGCAACGACUUUCGGCCGACACUCAGCCAGCUGCUUAACGCGUCUGACCCAGUCAAACGUAACGUUCGGUUGAGCGACCUCCUCAAAUCCACUCAGUCCACCGGCGACCCGUUGACCCAGCAGUCGGAGGACUAUUCGCUCGAGUACAGUCGGAAACAAGGUCCCCUCCCAAAAGACGUCUCCGAGAUUGCGUCAGCUGGAGCGGCCGGAGUGACGACCGAGCUCGAUCUUCACUAUCCAUUCGAUGACUUUUCUCAACCACCCGAACCAGACUUUCAAGGCGCCUCUUCGGACGGUCAUGAAGCGCUACCCCUCUCUCCCGUCCCUGAUUCCGACGUAUCUACCUUGCGCGCUUGGCAAUUCCGAGGAGAUCCAGCUUUGCUUGUUCCCUUCGCCCCGUCCUCUCAGCUAUCCCCGCGUUCGCCUUCACCACCUCUCUCGCAUAUAUCCUUCACCGCAUCCCGCUCGCCUUCUGUUCAGCCGCCAACAUCACCUCUACACCCAUCGCGAUCGCCCCAGAAGAAUCGACACUCCAAACGAACACGCAGAGGCGCGUGGCGCGGUGCCGAGGUGCUCGCGCGAAUGAACGCCGCAGACAGAAACUCAGCAAAGUAUCACACGGCGUUUGACCGAGUCUCAGUUGGGUCGGAGGUUGGGGAUGGCGAUAGCUUGAUGGAAGAAGUCAGUACUAGCCGGAAAAGGAGGGUCAGUGUUGCGUCGGUAGCUGAGUUUGAGGAGUCCGAGGAAGUGCUUGAGGCUCGGAAGCGACGACUUGAACAUUAUAGGGAGUUGGAAGAAGGGUAUCAGCUCCACGUCGAGCUUGUCCUUUGA